AUGGCUCCUCCUUCUUCGCUACUGCCUGUUCGCAAGGCUCAGGCAGGAGCCUCUGCCCUCCCGCGCCUCAGAAGCGUUCAACCUCUCUCAUCAGUCCGACCCCCACAACAUCUCCCUCAACACGACAAUGCAACCCUCGCAAGGCCUAUUGAGUCUGCGACUACAUUCGAAGAUGCAGACGUGACGGACUUCGGAUGGGGAGACUUGCUGGACGGAGGUGACGAGGGCGUUGCGGACGGCUUGUUCAGUGAAGGAGCGAGCUGGCUGCUCGACCGCACCGACUUCACCAUCGCCGCUCAGACGCCUGCGAAGGACCGGGUGCGAUGCGUAGACGAUCCAGUCGCAGCGUCGGAAAACGGAGCGGACGACGAGGACAAGAUCAUUCUCGCGCAGGUUGCCCGUCAAGAGCUUUCGUCGAACCGCGACCAAGCCGCCGAACGUUCCACUUUGCGUACAUCGCACAAGCCGGCUAUUCCUUCGCCUUCACCGGCGUCUGUCGACAGCGCGAAUCUCGUAAUCGCCCUCGACGACGCACAUCCGAAUCGCCCUGUCACUCAGCCGUCUGCGACUUCGAGCGAAACUCGAGCGGAGCGAUUUCAUCCACCUACCCUCCCCGCACGUCCAGCAGUGACCGCAUCAAACCCCUCUCUUGAGACGACUGCGCCAUCCUGCGCCCGCUCUCCCUCACUUGGAACAGCAGCCUCCCCUCCUCCACACACCACUUCCGGACCUGCGCACCCUGCGGCGGCACAGGCCCUCGCUCCGCACUCGCUACGCUCGGCCGACCCCAUCGCCGAGCAGGCAGACGACGUGCAGCCCGCCGACCCUCGUACUCUUACCUUCACGCUACCUCUCGGCCCUCCUCCAUCACGCGACGAGCAGUCCCCUUCCGCUCCUCGCCCUUCCGAUCUGCGGCCACUCAAUUCGCCUCCGCGUAACAUCGCCCCGCCACCAGCGCCCGUCAUGAGUGCUGUCGCACGUCCGUUCACGCUCACUCGGCCGGCCCAUAUUCUCCCGAAGAACCACCCCGGCCAUCCUCGACGAUCCGCCGCAGCCGCAGUUACCGAUCCAGGCGAUCCUUCUGGUCAGCCGAAGAGGCGUCCUGAGGAGAAGGGCAUCAAGUUAGCUGACGACGCGACCAAGCGCAAGGUGAGGGAGGCCAAGACCGAGAGGGAGAAGAAGGCGAAGGAACGGAGGGACAAGGCUCAGGAGGACGCCGCGAACAGGGCGGCCGCGCGCAGAGAAGAGCUCGCUCGCGAACGGAGCCAGAAGAAGGAGAAGCGGGAUGCGGUGGCGAGAGCGGGACGGCGAGACGCUACAACGGCGAGAAGCGAGACCAAGCAGACGACGGCGCGCGACCCGAAGCAGCAUGAACCCCAACCAGUGCCAUUCCUCGAACCCAUUGCCGCGCCCCCGACGCUCGCUCUCGACGCCGACAUGUCCUUGCCAGCGAUGGGCGCGGUUCUCGACUUUCCCGGCGAAGUCGGCGCAGACGGAGGCAUCUUCGACGCAUCGACUCGUGUGACGAGUACGCCAGCUCGACCGCAGAAGCGGCAUCGGCCUGCGGAAGGGCCUGCGGCCACGCAUUCUGCGUCAGCCAAUCCCGAGGUCAAGGAGGUCAAGCGUGCAAGACGUACGACCGCAGCGAUGCCGCCGCGGGAGACUGUCGAACCGAUCAAGGAGGAGAAGGAGGCGGAGGAGGAACACCUACAUAUGUCGGCGCUCCAAGCUGAGCCCCGUCGCCGUGCCUCCCGCCUGUCUUUAGCGCCUGCGGCGGACAAUGCGCCUCUCCCGACAUACCCCUCGCAAGAUCGCACCGUCCGCGUCUUCCUCCGUCCACCCGACGCGGAUGAACGGCGCAGCGAACCUCCCUCAGCGGCCGAAGACACAGCAAGACCUCGCUCGAUGUCGUUUCGUCGCGCAUCACGAGUCUCUUUCGCACUCGCGCCGGGGCACGAGGCGGACGGUGCGGCAGUCUCGACAGGUCAGACGGUCUCCGCGGCACAGCAGAGACGCCGCACCGCAACCCGCAUCUCGCUCGUUCCCGUCGGCGUCCCCGAGUCUCAGCUCUCGCCUGACGGGAUGCGCGAUGCACAGCAGGACGUGCACGAGCUUCUGGCUGCGCGCAAAGCCUCGAUGUCGCGAAGAGCAUCGCGGGUUCCCGCCAUCGUCGAGAACUCGGCAGCUCCGGUCGAGGAAUCAGCUCCGCUUCCUCGCGACGGAGACACUCGACCGACUCCAGAUGGCAGGACGGCCGCCGCCAAUCCGGAUCCCUACUCACCGCCGCCUUCGAAGGCGGAUCCUCUGAACCGGCAAAGACGAUUCGCUCAAACGCUCGGCGGUGUCACCCUUCCUGCUUCAUUCUCUUUCGCAGCGCCGAACACGGAUCGUGAGCUGGAAGCCGCGCGUCGACGGGAGGAGAAGGAGAGGCGGGACCGGCUUGCGGAGGAAGUUUUGGCGCAGAAGAAGAGGAAGAGGGAAGGCGUUAGCUCCUGGGCUGUUCAGCGCGGAGUGGAUGCGAAACGACCUCGUUUGGAGGGUUCACUUUUCGCCUCGUACGAUCGCCCCCCGCCUGCUUCGACCUCGCCCGCUCCUCGAGAACCUCCGCAGGCAGACGGCCUUCCCGACGAGCGCUUCGCCACCCAGUCACACCCAAGAUCUGCACCGAGCCUCACCUCUCACGCCAACAUCGACAAGGAGUCUGUCGCAAGCGUCGGAUCUUGCGAUUCCGCCGCCACCGUCCCGCUUACUAGGGAAGCUCUCGAGCGGGCUACGCGCAAGGCAGGUCCGCGGUCCGAUCCGAUGCGGAGGGUGUCGCGAUUCCUUGAGGGCAUCGCCGAGGCGAGCAAGACGGACGAGGCCGAAGUCGGCGAUGACUCAGGAGGAGACGCCCUGCCAGCAGACCUGGACGCCCUUGCCAUCGGUCCAUCCGCUCCACCGACAGUCGAAGCUGCCCCGCUCGACGCCUUCGCCCUUACCAUCGCAUCUGCGCCUGCGUCAGCGCCGGUGCCUCCCGCCCCUUCCCCUUCAUCAGUUCGAGCGGUCAGCACACAAGUGGUCGCGCCUCGCCGCCGCGCAAGCCGAACCCCCCUCACCGCCGUCGUCGUCGUCAACAACGGCGCCCAGGGCGCCUCGCCAGCUUUCGUGGAGCGCCUGUCUUCGUGGAAGGCUCGCGAGUCGCAGAGCUUGCACAAGACCGCUGGAAGGUCGACCUCGCUGCGGGCUACGCUCGGAGGUGCUCGUCCUGCGCCGGACACGCUCGCCAGGCGGCAGAAGGAGAACGCGCCUGCUGCUGCAGCCACAGGCUUCGGCCGGCGGAUCCUCGCAGAGAAGGGCGUCGCAGCAGCGAUGGAGAAGCAGAUCAGGGAACGGCUGGAGUGGAGCGAGAGGCAGAAGAAGAGGGAGGAAGAGGUGAGGCAGAAGCGAGAGCAGAUGCGCGAGGAAGAAGCGGCCCGCGAGCGUGAUAAGCUCGCCCAGCUUCGUGCCUCGCUCGCCGCCCGCGAUAUGCGUCCUCUCGCCAAAUCAGCGCCGCGCCGUACGGCUCGCUCGUGA